AUGUCACUUCUUCGCUGUGUAGCAAAGCUUAACAGAACGAUCGGAUCGUCAACGCUCUUAACUGCCGUGACCUCAAGUGCUGGUUUUAAUUUUAGCAAUCUCAAUCGCAAUCAUACCACCACGCAUUCCGGCACACAUCCGUUUCGAACAGUCGCAUCUUCGUCAUCACCACUGCCCGUAGUAGAUCGUAGCGAACCCUCGGAAGAUCCACCGAAUGGUUCGAGGGUAAAGUCCACCCGGCUUGUGGUACAAGAGUCGACGUCAUCAAGACGCCAGAUAAGGGAAGCCACCGUCGAUACGAACCGCUCGCGUGUGGUGCUUCGAGUGGACACGGAACGGUACGAGUUCCCAGCAGUUUGGUUGCGCGAUAACUGCCAGUGUGAGCGAUGCUUCCAUGACGGAUCUUCUAGCCGGGUGCUGGACUGGGAACGGUUCGAUGUGGAUCGGGUAAAGGUGUUGCAGGUGCGUGUGGUGGACGCUGGUCAUUCGUUGGAAUUGGUUUGGGGACACGAAGCAAUUGAAGAUGGCCAUCGAUCGGUGUACGAUCUGGAUUGGCUUUUGAAGCGAAGUUUUAGGGAGCAGGACACUGAACGCUAUCUGAAAGAGUGGUACCGUCCCGAACCGGUCGUUUGGGGUGUGGAUGGCUUUGGGGAGGUGUUGAAGGAGUUUUCGUUUGAGGAAGUUCUGCGGGAUGAUGGGGCGUUGAAGUGCUGGAUCGAAGCGUUGAUUGCGUACGGUGUGGUCAUGAUCAAGGACGCUCCAUUGACGGAGAAAGAAUGUAGACGGUUGGCCGAUCGGGUUGGAUUCAUUCGGAAAACACAUUACGGGUAAAAACUUAUCGUAAAAGA